AUGCCGCACGUUAACAGCUCUAAGAGUCUAUUGAAGGCCCGUCAUACUAUUUGGACACGGAAGAGCUUGGAACGCCGGACCGAAGUCAGCAGAUCUCUGCUUCGCCCAUACUUGAUAUGUUUCUCUCUUUGGCUAUCUGAAGAUUGGGAUGUAGAUGCUCACCUCAUCAUUUUCCUUCGUAGAGCUGUUUUGGCUCUUCAUAACGAUGUUGAUACAGGCCUGAACCUGUUAUCAAUUUGCGCCAGUUGCGCCAGGCAGAACACACUCCUUGUAGUUGCUGUGGCCUAUUACUAUACAACUGUCGGACACAACGCUCGCGCGCAAGGUUUACUGCGUUUGGCGAAGAAAAAUGCUUCUGAUGUCAACUCCGUAUUCCUAUGCAAGGCAGAACACGUGUUGUGCUCCGGCGGUGAUGUGAGACAUUUACUUGGGAAGUUUUAUUAUGAACCACCAUUUCCUGAUAAAUCAGUGUCGCCUGGGAACUUGGAGUAUUCAAAUUUGGGUGUUUCUGAAGCAGGUUUUAAGGUCCCAGCACCUCCUGGACCGACGGAAUAUGCACCUCGUUCAACUCUACAUCACGGUUUAAAUCGCUUAUCGGAAGUAUCUCCGAUUUCGCGUAUAUCUUGUCCGCAGGCGCAUACUACAUCGGAAGGCAGUGAAUGUUACCAAUUUACAAAUGCCUUGCUUGUUCCCAGGCGACGCUCAGCGCCUCCGGAGGAAAUGGCCUCCCUGCACACUUCGCUCCACCCAACAAAAGAAUUUCCCCCUGCUACCCAGCUUGCGGACAUGUCUAUCAGCAGAGCCGCCGUGGAAUAUUCACCCGGCCAUCUUGCUCGUCCAGGGCAUUCUGGCUCCGAGUUCUCCUACACUGAUCAUCUAGUUAGCCCAAAAUCCAAUGAGCUUCAAUCCGAGCUGCUCCCAUGCGACGUUAACCAUAUGGCAGAUGCUCGUUAUUCACCUCUUACCAGACAACCGCUGCGGUCAAUCCAACUUGAUAUGCUGCCGGAAGCCCAACCUCCUCUGGCACUGAGCAAAAGUUCACUGUACUCGUAUCAGGAUACCAAGCAGUCACAAAACCAGCCAGCAGAUAAACGUCUUACGAUGGCACUGUGCCCCUUACAAGAGCCCCAAUCCCAUCGGAUACAACGCUGCUCCUCAAUCACUACCCCGAAACCCCAUUGGGAGCUACCUCCCAGCUUAAAUGAGAACCUCAAUCGAUGCGUGUGCAUCAACAAAAACCCCUACUGGCUACUUGACAUCAUCGGUCGCGGAGGUUCUUCAGUGGUGUACUCUGCUUUGGAUUCAAAUCGAAAUCUGUGGGCCAUUAAAGACGUUCUCUUGGAUGGAGCCAGCCCAGACUUACUGAACUCAUACCUCAAUGAGAUCGUCAUGCUCUCAUCGUUGAAGGACAGUGGUCGAGUUAUUCGUCUGCAUGAUCAGUGA